UUUCUCUCUUACAUAUUAUACUGAAAGCUAAAAAGAGUGUUGUGGAGAUCAGAGCAGGACACUAUAAAUGAGGAUUUUGGAGAAGUGUAUUAAACAGAAGAGAUUUUGAUUGUAAUUGUAAGUUAUUUACUUUUCAAACCAAAAUUCAGAAAGUGAAAGUAAAUUGUAGAUCGUUGCAGCUUUUACAAAAAGAGGAAAUGGAUUCAAAAUCUGUUGAAGAUCUUUCUUGUCCCGUGUGCUGUGAAAUCUUCAAGGAUCCUGUUCUUCUGUCCUGUAGUCACAGUAUUUGUAAAGAGUGUCUUCAACAGUUCUGGAAGACCAAGAAAACUCAGGAGUGUCCUGUCUGCAGGAGAAGAUCCUCAAAAGAGAAGCCUCUACACAAUCUAGCGUUAAAAAACUUAUGUCAUUCAUUUUUAAAGGAGCAAAAUGAGAGACGUUCAUCAGGAUCUGAGGAGAUCUGCAGUUUACACAGUGAGAAACUCAAACUCUUCUGUCUGGAGGACAAACAGUCUGUGUGUUUAGUGUGCAGAGACUCAGAGAAACACGUCAAUCACACAUUCAGACCCAUCAGUGAAGUGCUUUCAUCUCAUAAGAAGGAACUGAAUACAGCACUGACAUCCCUACAAAACAAGCUCAAACAUGCAGAAGAAAUGAAAACAGAGUGUAAUAAAACAGUUCAACACAUCAAGUCUCAAGCUGAGCACACAGAGCGUCAGAUUAAAGAGGAGUUUGAGAAGCUUCAUCAGUUUCUCAGAGAUGAAGAAGAAGCUACAAUCACUGCACUGAGAGAGGAAGAGGAGCAGAAGAACCGGAUGAUGAAGGAGAAGCUGGAGGAGAUGAACAGACACAUCUCAGCUCUUUCACACACAAUCAAAGACACUGAGGAGAUGAUGAAAGCCAAUGAUGUCUGCUUUCUGAAGAACUUUAACGUCACGAUGGGAAGAGUCCAGAUCUCACAGCCGGAUCCACAGAUGAGUUCUGGAGCUUUGAUUCAUGUGUCGCAUUACUUGAGUAACCUGCCGUUCAGAGUCUGGAAGAAGAUGCAGGAAACUGUCCAACACACUCCAUUGACUCUAGAUCCAAACACAGCACAUCCUAAACUCACACUCUCUACUGAUCUGACCAGUAUAUCAAACAGUAAUGUAUAUCAAGAUGUUCCUAAAAAUCCAGAGAGGUUUGACUGGUUUCUAUGUGUUCUGGGUUCUGAGGGCUUUAACUCAGGAACACACUGCUGGGAUUUGGAGGUUGGAGACAAUACAUUCUGGAUUGUUGGAAUAACCACAGCAUCAAACCAAAGGAAGGGAGAUGUUUUCUUUGACACUAAUGUCUGGCUUGUGCGGUACAUGAACAGCAAAUACAGCUCAAAAUCUCCAGAUCAAUGCUUGACUGACUUGACUGUUAAAGAGAAGCUGCAGCGUGUGAGAGUUCAUCUGGACUAUGACAGAGGAAAGGUGUCGUUCUCUGAUCCUCUAACUAACAUCUGUCUGUGUACAUUCACAACAGCCUUCACAGAAACUGUCUUUCCAUUCUUAUAUAAUCACUGCACAACUUCCCCUCUGAGGAUCUUACCAGUUAAACUGAUUGUAACAGCAGAAAAUCACAGUUAAAUCUGAUUCUGCUUUUAGAUGAAUUUACUUAAGGAACAAUAGUUUACUGUGUUUAUUGUUUUACAAAUGAUGAUCCAAUAACAACACUGCAAUCAAAGGAAAAUGGGUCUCAUUUAUCAAUAACACUUUAAUUAUAUACAAGUAAAAGUAGUAUAGUACAGUAUAGUAUAAGUCAUUUAAAAAUAUAAUAAAAUUCAACAACUAUACAAGAAAUACAGUAAUUAAAUAUAUGUUUAAAUAGACAUUUACAAAGAUGUGCAAGUCAUGUAAGAUAUGUUAGUAAAAUAAAGUGUUUAUAGUUAUCUUCUUGUCUAAUAAAUCCUCACUGAAAUGAUGCAUUUUAAUGCAUUUAAAGUAAAACUGCAGUGACAAAUUAAGACAUAAUACCAUGUAGGUUGUUAAUUGGAUUUGAGAUGUGCUCAUUUACACUCAAAACUGAAUGUGAGAUUGCAGUGGAUUGUGGAGUGAUGGGGUUUAACUGGACUAAAUGAUUGGAGACGUCAGGCAAAAAUGAUUGGAGACGUCAGGCAUCUCUCUAGACACUAGAGAGAAGUCUGACAUUUACACUGGAGCUAUGAAAAUGCUGUUUAAAAAAAAAAAAGAGAAAAGAAAGAAACAUACGGAUUCAUUACUUGACUGCUAGGAAUUUCCACUUAAUGUUUUUACUUUUCUACAUAUUGGCCACAAUCUUGUGUACAUUUAUUUUUAUAGAAAUAAAAGGAAACUUAUAUUAGACAAUUAGCUAUGAGGAAAAAAAAAACUAAAGGAACAGAAAAUGUGCUCAUCUGUAGAGUUGCUUUAUUAUCUCUUUUUUAUUUUUUUUUUCCUCACUAUUACUGUACCUGACAGUAGACAUUGAAAUGAGAAAUCACACCAGUCACAGCACUGAACUCUGAAAACAAAGUCAGUGGAGGAAUUUCACACUACUUUGCUAGUCAUUUAUAGAACUAGUUACGACUUAUGAUUUUCUCUAUUGCUCUGAAUCAAAAGUAAAUUGAUUAGGAGUUUGAUAUAUGGUAUUAACAGUGUAUAGUCUAACAGUAUAUAUUUGGUAUCAAACUCAUGAUUUAACACAUUUUAUUGAUAAAUUCAGUGCUAAAUAUGAGUAUUCACCAGGGAUAGCCAAUCCUGCACCUUACCUUUUUGUAGAGUUCAGCUAAACUCUGCUCCAACACACCUGCUUGUAAUGUUCCAGUAAACCUGAAUGUCCAGGUUAGAUGUGUUUAUAAACUCUGCACUAGAUCUCCAGGAGCAGAUUUGGCUACAGAACUUCAGACAAAGGCACUCUCUGUGUGUUACAAACUCACUCUGGUGGACAGACUCAUGUAGUGCACUCAAAAAUAAAGACUUUAUUGGCAUCAAUGUGUCGAUGAAAACCCCCCAAAAAAAAGUAAUUAUUUGCUCACCCUCAAUUUGUUCCAAACCUGUAUGAAGUCUCUUUUUCUGCUGUACACAAAAUUAGAUUUUUUGAAGAAUGUUGGUAACCAAACAGUUGCUUGCUUUGAUAAAAUACAAAGAUCAAGUUUUAAAGUUUACAGAUUCAGUUACAAACCUAAUGUUCAGCUUUUGCCCUUCAUUUUGAUUACACAAACUAAAACAAAAGCUGCCUGCGCUCUGAAAUAAAAGUCCAUAAAAAUAGGGCCCAAUGUACUAACAUGUUAAGAUGAAGGACUUUUCCAUACUGAUUUUUCUCGAGGUUUUA